AUGACGCAACUUCUCUUGGAGCAGAUAUGGCCAUACAUCCUUGAUAUACGUGUCCUACUCCUCAUCAAUAUGAACACAAGUGUCUUUCAAAUCACCUACACAUCUAUCGGUGAUGGAAACUCUGAUCACCAAUGCUGGGAGCGCCCUGAAGACAUAGAUACCCCUCGAACAUUAUAUAAGAUCACUGCCACUUCUCCAGGCACGGAGGUGGCUGGUGAAGCUGCCGCUGCCCUUGCUUCUGCAUCCUUAGCAUUCAAGGACGUUGAUUCUAACUAUUCAUCAAGCCUAUUGAUUAGUUCAAUAUCACUUUUUGAGUUUGCUGACAACUACAGAGGAUCUUAUCAAGCUUCAUGUCCUUUCUAUUGUUCCUACUCUGGCUAUCACGAUGAGCUAUUGUGGGCGGCUGCUUGGCUAUUCAAAGCAAGUAAAGACUCAAAAUACAUGAGGUUUGUAAUGGAAAACAAAGGAUGGAGUCAACCUGUUUCCGAAUUUAGUUGGGACAACAAAUUUGCUGGAGCACAGACAUUACUAGCAAAGGAAUACGUGGCUGGGAACACAAAACUGGGAAACUAUAAGAGUGAUGCCGAUUCGUUCGUAUGUGCAUUGAUGCCAGGAAGCAGCACUGUGCAAAUUCAAACAACCACAGGAGGGCUGCUGUACACACGAGAUAAUAACAACAUGCAAUAUGCUACGAGUGCUUCUCUCAUAUUGCUUGUCUACUCCAAAACGAUACAUAGGGGAGGAUUUGGUACAAUCCAGUGUGGCUCACUUUACUUUUCAGCAAUGCAAAUCAGAGCAUUUGCUAAAUCACAGGUGGAUUAUAUACUAGGAAAGAAUCAGCUGGGCAUGUCAUACAUGGUGGGAUUCGGUGUCAAAUACCCUAUGCAACUACACCACAGAGGUGCAUCCAUCCCUUCCAUCAGAGCUCACCCAACCAAGGUGGGAUGCAGUGAGGGUUACUCUACCUGGUAUGCUGCAAACACGCCAAAUCCAAACAGUAAUGUGGGUGCAAUUGUUGAAGGUCCAAAUUCCAAUGACCAGUUUAAUGACAUCCGAUCUGACUACUCGCACUUGGAGCCGACCACCUACAUCAAUACAGCAUUCAUUGGUUCCUUGGCUGCAAUGCUCGGGGGAAAUGGGUGCUUGCAGGUCAUAGGCACCCAUGCAAACCAUACUAAUUUACUAGUAAUGUAAUGCAAUGGUUUAAAAUGUAGUAGCUGGAUCAAUACCAGUCCAAUAAUACAGUAAUUGUGAUGAAGACGAUAAUAUAGAAGUCCUGCUUGCUUAAGGGAAGCCAGUAAUGACUAGCUUGUUCAUGCCUAACUACCCAACUCCAUUCAAGUUGGUGCCAUCAAAUGAUGAACAAGUAGGUAUGUAUUUAUGAAAUUGAGCCAUCACAACUCUGCCAUGUUGCUUUUCUUUUUGUCAAUUUAAAUUGAUCUAAACAUCAUCUUCCA